GCCACUUCCGGUUACAUGACGACGACGGCGUUGAUACAAAAAAGAGAGAAGGAAAACAGGAAAAUACCAUUCUAGGCGAGAACAGUGGAAACUUAAUACAAAUUGUCCCAUCUCUGUCAAGUAAUUGCUUAUAUGGCAGCCUAACUAACGAUCAAUCUGCAAUUAGUCUUGUCGGUUGAGGUACAAGCCGGAGGAGGUCAUAGAUAUUUGGAGUUUAUUGUUCUUCGGCUGCUUAGCUAUUUCUGUGUAACCCUCCGCUACUAGCCCUUCAAGCUAACGUUAGCUAACGUUCACCCUGGAUGCCAGCACUGUGUGAGUUUUUAGUUCUCGAUUAGCGAGCGACCAGAAAGGGAACAGCGUCGUUAAUCCGUUCAGUUUGCAGCUGGACUCUGCUAACCCCAUUCAACUCGGUGACAUUAGUUUGGUGAGGAUGGCAACGUCGGCUCUGUACGCCUGUACGAAGUGUAACCAGCGGUACCCUUUCGAAGAGCUGUCGCAGGGCCAGCAGCUGUGCAAGGAGUGUCGCAUUGCACAUCCAAUAGUGAAGUGCACAUACUGCAGAUCUGAGUUUCAGCAGGAAAGUAAAACAAAUACAAUCUGCAAGAAAUGUGCCCAGAACGUCAAACAGUUUGGAACGCCCAAACCCUGCCAGUACUGUAACAUCAUUGCAGCCUUUAUUGGGACGAAGUGUCAGCGUUGUACUAACUCAGAGAAGAAAUAUGGACCUCCUCAGACCUGUGAGCAGUGCAAACAACAAUGCGCCUUUGACCGCAAAGAGGAAGGCAGGAGAAAGGUGGACGGGAAACUGCUCUGCUGGCUUUGUACUCUGUCCUACCGCCGUGUCCUGCAGAAGACUAAAGAACAGAGGAAAGGCUUUGGCUCCUCCAACUCCUCCUCCCUGAAUGAGAAAGACCACCACUCCAGAUCGCACCAUCAUCACCACCAUCACCAACACCGACACAGCAGUUCUCACCACAAACUGAGUGGGAGCUUGAGUCCCGAACAGGAGCAGGGACUGUGGAAGCAGAGCCAUAAAUCGUCUUCAAUCCAAAAGGAGACUCCAAAGAAGAAACCAAAACUGGAGAUGAAGCCAUCCAAUGGGGACAGUAGUUCGAUCACCCAGUCCAUGGAUUCUGGUGGAACAGACAACUUCAUUCUGAUCAGCCAGCUGAAAGAGGAAGUCAUGUCACUAAAGAGACUUCUGCAGCAAAGGGAUCAGACAAUUUUAGAAAAAGACAGAAAGCUUACAGAGCUCAAAGCAGACUUUCAGUACCAGGAAUCCAAUAUGAGAGUCAAGAUGAACCAAAUGGAGAAAGCGCACAAAGAGGCAAUGGAACAACAGCAGUCCAAGAACAGAGAGUUGAUGAAACAAGUGGCCGCCCUCUCAAAGGGAAAAAAGUUUGACCGGACAGGAAGUUCUCUGCUGUUGCCCUAACGAUAGGCGGGUCAGUGGGUAACAACACAGAGCGGCUUCAUUGUUCUAACACUGUGAAAGUCUCCCUCCUGUGUUUCCUCAUUGCCAUCAACAUUGAUUAACUUCUUAAUUAGUAAAGCAAGAGACCAUGUUGUACAUGGUCAAUCAAAUGUUGAAUCCAAGAACAAGAAACUUUUCUCUAAAUGUCAACAUAUUUUAGAUAUUUUAUGGUGACUUUUCCACUGGAUCGUGGGGUUUGACUUUGCAAGGAGUGGAGGAUGGAGCCCUCAUUUUUAACACUGCCGGGCCAAAAAAAGCAUGGUGUGCAUAUGUGGAUAGCAUUCUGUCGAGUCCCAUGUAUCCACUUAAUUUUUAUGGAUGUCAUGCAAUUUAUUUAUUCAACUGUAUUUCUUAGCUUUUUUAUUUCCUCACAACAUACUAAGAGAAUAUCCCACAUUUAGGGGGUUUCUUCAAUAGCAAUUAGUUAUAUUUUUCUAAACGGACACGAUUGUGGAUGACAUGUUCUCCUUAAUGGAGGCCCUGUGCAACUUUACAAUGUAUGCAAAUGUGGGAAGGGUGACCAGUGAGCUGCUGCUCAACAGUAGAAAAUUCUCAGUAUCAAUUCAUACCACAACCAAUGGACAUUUUCAAAGGCUGUCUGAUAGAGAGACAACUCUUGGCUGCCCUCUUUCUCACUGUGUGACAGCUGUAGUGCUUUGCUGUUUCUCUUUAGUGGAACGAUUGUAAUACUGCAUGAUUUUACUGCCAGAUACCGGUUGGCAUUGUGGUCGGACUUUUUCCCCCUUCCCCUUUUACUUAGUUUUUUUUUUUUUUUUUUUUUAAGUCACUUGUAAAUGUAUUACUGGGGUCAGCCAUUGUGUUUAAAAUAUUGCUUGUAUCUGUUUUAGUGAGUAAAGUAUGUGUAUGGUAAGGCCAGUUGAAAUUAACAUGUCUGUAGAAGAUGCUUUUAAAAGGAGCAUACCUUUCACCUUGCUUUAUUGGGCUGGUUUCAUACUGUGGCGUCCAGGAUCACUUUUGUACUUUUUCCAAACCAAGUGUUUUAAAACUAUUAAAACUGGCUAAACUGUUA